AUGCAUUUAGAAGUUCUUUCAAUGGCUGGAAAGGAAAACUUCUUGGUUACAUAUGUAUACGCACUGAAUGAUGAAACUGGUAGGAUCCCUCUAUGGAAUGACUUAAAAGAAAUAACAGCUAUGAUUAAUGCCCCUUGGCUUAUUUUAGGGGACUUCAACGAUAUACUAAGUGUUGAGGAAAGAAUUGGAGGGAAACAGAGACAAGCAAGAUCAGGUGCAUUCAAGGAAUGUGUGGAAAGUUGUGGGGUGGAAGAUGUGAAAUACACGGGAUCAUUUUUUACUUGGAAUAACAAACAAGAAAUGAAUACUCGGAUUUACUCCAAAAUUGAUAGGGUAAUGGCAAACCAAAUCUGGUUAGACAAGUUCCCAACUGCUAAAGUAGUAUUCCUACCAGAAGGCAAUUUUGACCACUGUCUUGCUGUUUUAUCUGUGUACCCAGAUAAUAUAGUAGGUAAAAAACCUUUUCGGUAUUUCAGAAUGUGGCAAAAUUUUCCAGCAUUUCAAGAGGGAUUGAAAGGAGUUUGGCAUAUCAAAGGAACAAAUUUUCCAAUGUUUCAAUUGGUGCAGAAACUAAAACGAGUUAAACAGCUGCUAAAGGAAAUGAACAAAACUGAGAUUUGGGACAUUCAAGCUGCACAUUCUAUAAGAUAUCAAGAAUUGCUCGAUAUUCAAGCUUCAUUACAGCCAGAGCACGAUACAUAA